AUGUUGGGAAUGUGUCAUCCAAGUACUUGUGACACUCUAAAAACUACCAUUCUUGCAGUGUUGUCCUGUGUCACCCCUAGUAGUUUGUCAUCUUGCAUUCUGAUCGGUGGCAACUUGGUGUUAACCCCUUGGUGUCAGCAUAUCAUAUUGACAGUGUGUCACCCCAACAAUGGUGUCAUACUUGCAAUGUGUCACCUUAGUCACUAUCAUUGGAAGUAUGUCAUGCGUCCCACCGUGCUAGUAUGUCACUCACAAUCUGAAAAUGGCAUGCCUGUCACCCUGAAAAUCAUUGGUUCUUUCUGUCUCCUGCUUGCGCUCGUGUCCAUGGGGAGAGUCUACUGCGCCCCUGCAGGAGGCCACAGGGCUUCUCCGUUGCCCCCAGAAACGCUCAUGGCCAACCUCAAGACCAGACUCAAGCUCAUGGCCCAAGACGAGGCCAUGUACGGAGCCUCGAGGACGGAAGGGGAAGGCCGCCAGAGGAACUGGUUGGACAACCUCAUUACGCUGCUCCACCUGCUGGGCGUUUCGGACGAGGACAUGGCUGCAUUCGUGGACGACGUAGUGCAAGGAGUGGAGGACAUUCUGGCCCAGCUUCCUCCUCAGGAGCUCAUGGCGGUGGAGAUGGCCGCGGGGGACAUCCUGGGAAUGCUUCAGAGCGGCGAGCUCGACCUCGAACGCCUCCAGGUCGACCUCAACAUCAUCUACACCUUGAUGUGGCCUUACGUCAACGAGGACCUUAAGCCGACCUUGCAGUUCAUCAUUGACCUUAUCCUCUGGCUUCUCAGUCAGCAAGGUCGUGGGCCCUCGGGCUCUCCACGGCUGCCUCUCCUGCGGGACCACCUCGCCCGCCGCCCGUAAGAGCGCGUGGGGACUUGGGGCUGCCCUUCGGAUGGGGUCCUUGUCGUCUGUCCCUCUACCCCCCCCCCUCUCUCUCUCUCUCUCUCUUUCAUAAUUGUUAUCAGUUUUUUCCUAUUAUCUAAUAUAUGUUUCCUGUUUUAUUUAAUGUUUUAUUGUUUUUUCCUAUCCCUUUUUCUUAUCAUUGCUAUCGAUAUUUCAGAUCCGUCAUGUUACACAUCUUUUGUUGACAUAAAUUUUCAUUUAAUCUUUAUCCUUAUUCCUUUACCUUGUGUUUUUUCCUCUUCAUAAUAUCAUUGAUUUUCUUUAUUUUCUCUCUCUCUCUCUUUUUUUUUUUUACUUUUUGAUUGAUUUUUAAAAAUUAUUUCUUUCUAUUUAAAUGAUUCUCCUUUGUAUCUUACAUCUUUUUUUAAUCUCAAUUUCCUUUUAUUCGUUUACUCAUACCUUUGCUUUUGAUUACUUUUCAAAUGUUCUCUUUUUCUGUGUUUAAUGUUUAAAAUUUCCGUGUGUGAUAUAUAUAUAUUUUUUUGUUUCGACGACGUGAACUGUGUAAUUUCUUAUGAAAGUUUUGUAAAUUUCUAGUGGGUUGGAUAAUAUGAUAUCCCAUACAUAUGGUGUAAAUAAAUUCGUAAUAUGAUGCAUGUAUAUGAUAUAAGCAAGUAUUUGACACUAAACCCUGCACAAACAAGCGUAUAAACAUACAUAAUUCUAUGAGACUGUCAAAUUUAUCUUGUAAAUUUCCCCUUAACGUUUUUAAAAAACUUUGUGAUGAUGGCAAAUAUAUCUCCAUUUGCUUUCUAUUAAACAGAUGAAUAGAUGAUUUAUUAAAGCUGA